UGGCACGACUACCGUCUGGUCAGAAAAGACACACGGACAGUAACAGUAGGAGAGCCAGCAUGCCAAACCGUGAUACUCAGGAGUGGAUCCGUGAGUCUCUGCGCACUCCGGGCAUCCUCAUCUUUGGCAUGGUCCUCUCUCCGUGCGGGUUGAUCCUGGACCUUACCUCCACUGUGGCCCCGAACUGGCGGACCCUCCACAACCUCCCCAACAGCGCUUCUGGAUUCGCCGUCCUGCAGGGCAUCUGGGACAUCUGCACCACCGCCUCCUCCACUUCCUAUGAUUACAACUGCGGCCAACAGGACACGGCUUACUUCAACCACCAGAUCAUAGAGGUCGCACAGGGGUUAAUGGUAGCUUCCCUGGUGGUCACGCUGAUAGGUUUGGCCGUGGCUAUCCCUGGGGUCCGUUGCUGGAGGGACAACCCCAACUGGACGAUCGCAGGAGUGGGAGGAUUGCUCAUCUUCCUCUCUGGGGUUAUGACCAUCAUCCCCAUCGCUUGGUACACACACAUCCUGAAAGACGUCGCAUCAGUGCCACCUAGUGUUACUGUACAAGUGGGUUAUUGCAUCAUCUUGGGGUACAUAGGUGGGAUCAUGGAGGUGCUGGCUGGGUUGGUCAUGUUUAUAGGUAUAUGCAGGUGCUGUGGGGGAAAAAACAGAGGGGAGAUACGCGUGGAGGAAGUCGUGAACCAAACAAACAGGCCAAGACCCCUACCAAGACGAUCGGAGGUGCCUAGUCUGAGCAGACCACGCAGUGAGCCGAGUAGCGUGGCGUACUACAGGGACUAUGAUGAUGUGUCUUUCCCCAGAGCCAAGAGUGAAGCCCUGUCACUGGAGAGCAGGGUGAACCGUAAGCCCUAUGAAUCUGACCUGUGAUGGGACAAUAAUGUGUAUGAGUGGACAGACUGAGAAGACAUGAAGCACUUUGAUUUUUGUGGUUCUACUGGAAUGUUUAGGGUGUUCU